CCUCUUUUGAAUUCUCUCACCCAUCCCACUUUUUUUUCUUCUUUUUUAUCAACUACAUAUUAUUAUUGUUAUUAUUAUAUAUAUAUAUACAAAAUACUAUACAUCAUUGCUUAUCAAUUUCAUCAAAGAUUUACUUAACCAACACGGAGAGAACUAAAGUCGGCCGCAACUACUUAGCUGGGAUCGCUUUGAAUAUCAUAUAAAAGAUGCAAUACAGCAAUACUACUGAAGUGGAGCGUGUGAGAAAAAUCAUCGAAUCAUUUCUGAACCAGCCACUAUUGACCAAUAUAAUGGACUCGGACCCACCAUUGUACAAGGCCUACAAGACCCUCUUCGACAAAACCAUCAACGAAUUAGCCCUUCAAAACAGCAAUAAUCACCAGCUGUCAUCAUCACCAGUCGUCGUCGUCGACGAGUGCGAGCUGCCGUUGAUCGACUUGAGCCGCCUCAGUCUCGGCGAGGCCGAGAGAGAGGAUUGCAAGUCCCAGAUAGCUAGGGCUUCGCGGGAAUGGGGUUUCUUUCAAGUGAUCAACCAUGGGAUCUCAAGAGAGCUCUCCGAGAAGAUGAGGUCAGACCAGGAGAAAGUGUUUAAGCAACCCUUUGACAAAAAGAGCCAAGAAGAUAAGUACCUCAAAUUCUCUGCUGGAAGCUACCGUUGGGGGACACCUACGGCCACAUGCCUACGCCAGUUGUCGUGGUCUGAAGCUUUUCACAUUCCUCUCAACAGUGUUUCUUCCCCCGAUAAUAAUGCUCAUCACAAUAACACUGAUCAUUUCAGAUCAACAGUGGAACAGUUCGCCAAAACAAUUUCCAAUUUGGCUCUGAAACUGGCUGAGAUUUUAGCGGAGAAACUGGGCCACGAUCCAAGUUACUUCAAAGAAAAUUGUUUACCAAGCACUUGUUACCUUAGAAUGAAUCGUUACCCGCCAUGUCCUGUCCCAUCGGAGGUCUUUGGCCUGAUGCCACACACCGAUAGCGACUUCCUCACUAUACUCCUUCAGUACAACGUUGGAGGGCUUCAAUUGGUUAAAGACGGCAAAUGGAUUGCUGUCAAGCCUAAUCCGGACGCUCUCAUUAUCAACAUCGGAGACUUAUUUCAGGCAUGGAGCAACGAUGUCUAUAAGAGUGUGGAACACCGAGUUGUGACAAAUGCGCACGUGGAACGGUUCUCUACCGCGUAUUUCCUUUGUCCAUCGUACGACACCGUUUUAGAUAAUGGUUUCGAGCCUUCCGUCUAUAGAAAAUUCAGCUUUAGGGAAUAUCGAAGGCAGGUCCAAGACGAUGUUACCAAAUUGGGUUUCAAAAUAGGACUUCCUAGGUUUCUUAAAGUUACCCGAUAGUGUAUUAUGUCAUGCUUAUACAUAUUUAUAUAUAUAUAUAUUUAUAAACUUCUGUUAAUUAGAUAUGUAUGUCAGCUAUAUAUAUAGGCUAUUUUAUAUAUUGAUCAUUUAUGGAAGUAAUUAGAAGGAAGUUGGAAGA